GCCCCUGCUCUUCCGCGAGUGAAGUGGGCGUGUUUCACCACUGCAUAAACUAAGUGCAGCGGCAGCGCGUAACGUACCUCCGCCGCGCAGCGCACCGGGGCAGCCAUCGCUGAGGCAUCGCUUGCCAUCACACCGAGCAAGCGAGUGCAGCACAUCGCUGCAGCUGCACGCCGUCGACGCGAAGGCAAUGGGACUGCGCCAUCUCCUCGCUCCCGUGGUCGACGAGUACAGCGACCCCAAUGCCUGGAAUAGCGACGAGCAUUUCCCCAUAAAGCUCGCCCUGGCCCUCGCGGCCGCGGCGCUCGCGCUCGCCGCGGCCCAGCGCGCCCAGAAACGGCCAACAAAACCGAAGGAGGGCGUGCUCGGCGAGAAAUGCGACGCGCCUGAAACUUACAGUCCCGACGUGCUCUUCCCGAUCCCGCGGACGAGGGGGCGACGGUUGCUGGGCUUGGCCGACGGCGCGGUCCCAUUCGAAGGUGAAGACGUCUGGAACUGUUAUGAAGUGUCGUGGCUCGACCAUCGUGGACGGCCGCGGCGCGGCGCCGUGGAGCUGAGGAUUCCCUGUGUAUCACCAAAUGUUGUGGAGUCCAAGUCCCUGAAGCUCUACCUGAACAGUUUGAACUUCAAGCGCUUUGCGUCGACGGACGAAGCGCUCUCUACCAUAAGACGGGACGUGGCGUCCGUCGUGGGCUGCCUCGCGAGCGAGCUCAGCGCACGACUAUGCGAGGACCAGCCUCCUAUGAAAGGCUGGACCUGCGUCGACGACGUCUGUGAAGACGACGUCCCCGAGUCGAUGCUGCGAAGGCCGGACGCGUCUCUACUGAAGACGACGGGCGACGUCGUCACGGAGCGCCUCUGCAGUCAUAACUUGAGGACGCUGUGUCCCGUGACGGGCCAGCCCGACUGGGGCACUUUACUGAUCGAGUACGAGGGCCCACGUAUCGAUCAUGCGUCGUUGUUUUGUUAUAUCAUUUCUCUGCGGACGGAGACGGGCUUCCACGAGAACGCCGUCGAGCGCGUCACCCUCGAUAUUGACAGAUGUUGCAGACCGGCGAAGCUCCGCGUGACGGGCCGCUUCCUGCGACGGGGCGGCGUCGACAUCAACCCUAUCAGAUCUAUUCGCUUCGGCGCGGCGACGGGCCUGGCGCAGGCGUUCGCGCCCGGCCAGUAGAAGUAUUAACACAACAAGUUUUAGUC